GCAUAUAUUAUGUUAAUGUUUAUGCGGUCUGACGUCAUCGCAGCGACCGCAUAUAUUAUGUUAAUGUAACGCGAUCUGACGUCAUCGCAGCGACGCAUAAAUUAUGUUAAUGAGAUAUUGGCCAGCGCAGAGCGGUGGGAGCGUGAAUUGCCGCGGCCACAGAUUUAAAGUUUCCCUCGUCUGAAGGGCGCCAAACUUUAGAGAUAAUUAUUAUUGUUAACUAAGAGCGAUUUUGAGGGAAAACCAAACAUGUUCUAUUACCCUGAGGUGUUGAGAAGGCGUGGAAAGUUUGCGACGAUUUGGUUGGCCGCCACCAAAGCAGUGAAGCUGUCGAGGAGGGAAUGGCUGCUUGUGAACGUCAACUUGUCCUGUAACGAUGUCCUGGACCACGUGAUGCUGCGCGUGAAGGAGAAGGGCCAGCUGCGGCGAUUCUCCCUCUACCUGUCGGCUCAGCUCAUGUACGGCCUGGCCUGCGUCUUCUCUCGCCAGAGCGGCUACCUCAUCGACGACGUGCGCUCGUGUCUGGAGAAGCUGCACAGGGCGGCGACGGUGGCUCGCAUCGACAUGGAGGAGACGGAGAGACUGCGGCUGACGCUUCCGGAUGAAUUGUCCAUCAUGGAGGAGACCCUGGGAGCUGCUGACCCCUGGUUCGGGGUCAUGACCUUCCUAACCCGAGCCUCAGAAACUCUCCAUGCAAUCGAGUUUCAAGCAGAUGUGCUGAGUCCCCUGCCUCCAUCUGGCUCUCCUCUAUCACCUGAGCCACCGUUUACGAUGCGAGAUUUAAAGUCUCUGGUGCCAGAGGAGGGCAUGUUUGCAGAGCAAGCGGACCUGCCUGAAAUGUCUCCGCAAGAGAUUCAACACUUGCUGUCUCCCCACCUGCUCUCUCCUCUCGCUCCACACGGAGCUGUGGAGGAGGAGGAUGAGGAGGUCUUGCGCAAGGAUGGGACUUAUGAAGAUUCUGGAGUCACUCAACAUCCAUCCAGGAUUUCACUGGAGGCCGACGUGGAAGUCACGAAGAGGCGCACGGUCGACGACAUCCGCGCCGCGCCACUCGCCGCCUCUCCCGACGCCCUGGAGGCCACACUCACUGGAGCUGUCGCCCCAGCCAUGCCGAGCCCCCCCUCCCCUCUACGUAGAGCGGAUGACAGCCUGGACAGCCCCUUCCACCUGCCCCCCCUCAGCCCCGAGGGGGCCGCCCCCCCUCCCCAUCGACGCCGCCGCCGCCACCGCCUCUUCAGCGACGACGACACCCAGAUGCCGCAGGACGAGAUGAGGGCACAGGUGGCUGGGCCCCAACGCUCGCUGCAGCCGUUCGUUCCUAUUGAGCCGGAAUCCAUUCAAAGGAAUUCCGUCUCUUAUCUAUUCAGAAACCCGGCAUCAGGCUGGCUGAUGGCCCCUCUACGCGGCCUGUGGGACAGGGCGGCCGUGCCUCCGGCGUCCGCCAGGAGACGGGCGCCCGCCCCCAGCAUGUCUCCCUCGUCCGUCUACAGCGAGACCGAGGUGGUGAGAGCACAAGUGGAGAGAAGCACGCUGCUUGGAAUCACUGGAGAAGGAAUAGAGUCUGCGGAUGGAGAGAGCAUCACUGCUGCAGAAAUCGAUAAGUUCCCCAGCGCCUUGGUUCACGACGUGGCAAUGGAGCAGGUGGCGAUGGACGAGGUGGGGAUGGAGGAGGUGGAGGCUGCAGUGGAGGCAGCUUCCCCUGAGGCUGCCAUCUUCCCCGCGGUGCCGUCGCGCUCCCCCACGCCUCCUGCCAGACUUACAUCGCCGCUCCAGGAGGUGGCGGUGGCCGCGGCGGCGGCGGCGACGCGGGUUCGACUGCUGCAGCGCAUCGAGGAGUUGACACGAGAGACGGGUGACGCGCUUAUGUCCCUUCUCAUCCCACGUGAUCGCACAACACGCGGCACGGCAGCCAGAGUCUUCUACUUGUGUUUGGAACUGGCUGGGCACCGUAUUAUCGCUUUGGAGCAGACGCAGCCGUUUGGAGCGAUCCGGAUCACGCGUGGACCCGACUUCACCAGCAAACGAUGAGUCC